AUGUCUUCCUCACAAUAUUACAAUAAAGAAGUUGAUGAAUCUGUAGUAUCCAGACAAACCAUUGAAGAGUUUACCAAAAGAAAUGAGUUUUUCCUCAAACCAGGCAGCAGAAAAUAUGCCAAACAAUAUUUCUCCAUGUAUCAAUACCGUUUAAAGAACUUGAGAGAUCGAGCUCAUAAGACCGCCAUGGAAAAGUGGGGUCACGGAACCAAGAAAAUAAAUGGAAACAUGAUUGAAAAGCAAGAUAAAAUAUUAGACAUCGCCAGUGGGAAAUUGUGCUGGGUGAUUGGAACGGUGUUUUGCGAUGCCAAAUACAAACUUGAUAUCUUGAAUGAUGUUGAAAAAGGUACCGAUGAUGUUUUGCCAUUGGAGCCUGUAACCUAUGUGGAUAAGAAUGAACAACCAAUAGUAAUGCUUGAAGACGAAUCGGGAAGAGCUAUUUUAAAUAACGAUAACUUUUUGACAAAGAAUCUAUUGGUCACUGGUUGUAUAGUGGCUGUAUUGGGCAUUGAAGUACAAGCGGGGAUAUUUGAGAUAAUGGAUAUUGCAUAUCCAGACUGUGCACCACAGAAACCUUUAACACUUGGAGAAAACAAAAGAGGAAAGAUUGCCUUGGUUUCAGGAUUAAGCAUUGGAGGUGAAGGUCAGUACGAUUUAAAAUUGGAACUUUUGAAACAAUACCUUUUAGGAGAGUUAGGAAAUGCUGAAGACAAAUUGAAUACUAGUCAAAUCUCACUGUUGAUAAUUGCUGGUGAUUCUAUUAUGCCUAUACUGAAUUUGAGAGCAGAGAUGGAUUUGAAGAACUAUGUGACAACUAACAAUUAUGGAUCAAAGAAUAUUUCAAAGUACAACGCUAACAGUUUUAAAAAACUAGACGAAUUUAUAACGGACAUUAUUGUAAGUUUACCAGUUGCUGUAAUGCCAGGGAAAAAUGAUCCAGCAGAAAUAUGUUUGCCCCAACAGCCAUUACACAGGUCACUCUUCAAGAACAAUUCGUCACUUCUCAAUGGGGAUCGGUUGAAUAGAUUAACAAACCCUCAGUGGAUUGAUGUACAAACUGUCAAGAUACUAGGAACCAGUGGCCAAAAUGUGGACGAUAUCAAGAAAUAUAUUGCCCCCCAAAAUGAUCACCAAUUUACCUCAAUCGAAAUCAUGGAAAACAAUAUCAAGUGGCAGAAUUUUAUCCCAACAGCACCAGAUACUUUAUAUUGCUACCCUUAUGAAAAUUAUGAUCCUUUUAUCUUUUGUGAUGAUUUGCCACAUGUGUACUUUGUUGGUAACCAGCAACUGUAUGACAGCAAACUCCUUCAAUACGAUGGUGUGAAUAUAAGACUAAUAUCUGUCCCUAAGUUUAAAGAAUCUGGCCAAUUUGUUUUACUUGAUUUGGAUACAUUGGAGACUGAAGUGGUCACCAUAGAAAUUUAG